CGUAAGAUAACAAAUUGUAAGAUACAUAGGAGCUGUUGAAGUCAAGUGAAAUUUAAGUAUUUGGUGGUUGUUGGUGACAAUAUAGUUGCUGUGAUGAUUAAAAUGACAAUAUAAUACAGCUAUUUAUAAUAACAUAAUUGUCAUAUCAUCACACUAGAAGAGACUCUAAUUGCAUCCAAACAUUUCACGUUCAUUAGUUGACACCCAUUUCCCGCAUGUGUAAUGUGAGAGUAUACUCAGAGCUUUCCUCUUGGGUACACAAUCACACAUCCAUGUUGCAUGUCCUCCCCAAAAGCCAUUUACAUUCAUUUACAUUCACCAGCUUCUUAUCAACCAUACCAGAAAAACCACCACAACUUCUAAUUAAGUGCAUUUCUCUCUUGCAAUUUUGUGCCUCUUCCAAACACAAACUAAGACAAAUCCAUGCAUUUUCCAUAAGGCAUGGUGUCCCACUCAACAACCCUGACAUGGGUAAGCAUCUUAUCUUCACAAUUGUGUCUCUGUCUGCACCCAUGUCCUAUGCUUACAACGUGUUUAACAUGAUACAUAACCCAAACGUGUUUACGUGGAACACUAUGAUUAAGGGCUAUGCUGAAAGUGAAAACCCAAGUCCUGCACUUUAUUUUUACCGCCAAAUGUUGGUGUCAUGUGUUGAACCUGACACUCACACUUACCCUUUUCUUUUGAAGGGUAUUUCUAAGUCAUUGAAUGUUAGAGAGGGAGAGGCAAUACAUUCAGUUACUGUAAGAAAUGGGUUUGAGUCGUUGGUUUUUGUACAGAACAGUUUGCUUCAUAUAUAUGCUGCUUGUGGUGACACAGAGAGUGCAUACAAGAUGUUUGAGUUAAUGAAGGAAAGAGAUCUUGUGGCUUGGAAUUCUGUGAUUAAUGGUUUUGCUCUCAAUGGAAGGCCCAAUGAGGCUUUGACUCUCUUCAGGGAAAUGGGUGUGGAGGGUGUGGAGCCAGAUGGGUUCACUGUGGUCAGCUUUUUAUCUGCUUGUGCUGAGCUUGGAGCUCUAGAAUUAGGACGUAGGGUACAUGUGUAUUUAUUGAAGGUUGGGUUGAGAGAGAACUUGCAUGUUACUAAUUCACUGUUGGACUUCUAUGCAAAGUGUGGGAGCAUCAGGGAGGCGCAACGAAUAUUCGGUGAGAUGAGCAAAAGGAACACUGUUUCUUGGACGUCUUUGAUUGUUGGCUUGGCCGUUAAUGGGUUUGGCGAGGAAGCACUCGAGCUUUUCAGAGAGAUGGAGGGACAAGGACUAGUGCCUGGUGAGAUCACUUUUGUUGGUGUGUUGUAUGCUUGCAGCCAUUGUGGGAUGUUGGAUGAAGGGUUCAAUUACUUUAGAAGAAUGAAAGAGGAGCAUGGUAUCAUGCCAAGGAUAGAACACUACGGUUGCAUGGUGGAUCUUUUGAGUAGGGCAGGGUUAGUGAAACAAGCAUAUGAAUAUAUUCAGAAUAUGCCAUUGCAGCCAAAUGCAGUUAUUUGGAGGACCUUAUUAGGGGCAUGUACAAUAUAUGGUCAUUUGGGUCUGGGAGAGAUAGCAAGAUCACACCUAUUGAAGUUAGAGCCAAAACAUAGUGGAGAUUAUGUGCUUCUGUCAAACCUUUAUGCUGCUGAACGUCGUUGGUCAGAUGUACAAGUAGUAAGGAGGUCAAUGCUAGAGGAUGGUGUUAAGAAAACCCCUGGCUAUAGUCUAGUUGAGUUGGGCAAUCGUGUUUACGAAUUUACUAUGGGUGAUAGAACUCAUCCUCAAAGUCAGAAUGUAUAUGCACUACUAGAGAAGAUCACGGAAUUGUUGAAGUUAGAAGGUUAUGUGCCUCAUACUGCAAAUGUGCUUGCAGACAUAGAGGAAGAGGAGAAGGAGCAAGCUUUGUCUUAUCAUAGUGAAAAGGUUGCAAUUGCUUUUAUGCUCUUAAAUACAGCACCAGGGACUCCUAUCAGGGUUAUGAAGAAUCUAAGAGUUUGUGCGGAUUGUCAUAUGGCUAUCAAACUCAUAUCAAAGAUAUAUGAUAGAGAGAUUGUUAUCAGGGAUCGUAGUCGAUUUCACCACUUCAGAGAUGGUUCAUGUUCCUGUAAAGAUUACUGGUAAUAUGUCAAUUAUCAGGAUUUGAUUAUGGCAUCUCGAGAUAAAAUGCGACAUUAUUUCAAGAUAGAAUGUGGUGCUUUAAAAUAGAGACCGUGAGACAUAACUGAAUGAAUAAGUUGCAAUCAUUCUCGGCAAUACUUUCUGCUGCAGGGGUCAACCAAUUCAAGCCUCUUCGUUCUCACAUGGGUAAGUUUGUGAACAUGCAUAAGAAUUAAGAUUAUGGAAGUCUGUUACAAAUUACAUAUAAAAUAUGCUCUUUGACCAUAAUGAUAUAUAUGCCUUUUCUUUGGAAAACAGGGCUUUCUACUGGCACAGCUAAGACUUGUCUCAUUUGACAUGCUUGACAUUAUAUACCCUCAAGUUUCUGUGCUUUAUUUGGCACAUGCAUCUAUUCUUGUUUCGCUGUUAAGGGUGAAACAUGAUUGCAAGAUUGAGCAGGCUUAAAUUGAAUAUUUGAUUAUGGAAAAAUAUUAAUAUACAUUCUCUACUCAACUUUAGCACCUUUGCAACUACACUUGUCCAGUGAAUGUGUAAGCUGUAAUGAAGUUUUGCAAACAGCACUAAGGUGAAUAUUUUGUUAAAGUAAAAAUGUAAAUACGCCUUUUCAAAUUAGACUCGUUUGCAACUGCAUUUCAAUAACUGAAAAGAAGUAAUUUCUACUAGAAUUGCUGGUUCUAUGAUGUUGAAGGAAAAAAUUGGAAGACGAGGGAGCCAAAACGUGAGUAUUGUUUGUUUACUUUAAGACUGGUAGAAAUUAAUUUUAUAUCAUUAAAUGUGAUUGAGAUGUCAGCGACAAAGUUUACAUUGAAACAUCUGUUUAGAUGUUCAAAAUUGAUUUUGGUAGCAAAUCAAACAGAUCCGCUGUAGAUAUUUGAUCAAAACAACGUAGUUUUUCUGAAAAGAAGAACAUGCAAAUGACUUCUGUGAUUAUUAGAUUUAUGUAUUAUGCUAUGGCUCAGUUGUAUAAAUUUACUUCUAAAAAUUAUUUUCAUAAAAAUCACAAUCUUUAAUGAAUGAGUGUAAAUAGAAUACAUCAAAAGCGUGAAUUAUCCACAGGCUUGUGAAAUACUCAAAACAAUGCCAAAUUUUAAAAACAAAAAUAAGCAUUCAAAUUAUACUAUGAGGAUAUAGGCAAAGGCAAUCAAACAAAAUAAUUGAAAGACCAAGGCUUUUAGUUUAAACAAUUUGGUGCAAUCAUGGAUCUUGAACUUUCAUUCGGUUUAUCCCUCCUGAUAUUAUUCCAUGACAUCAAAACUGAAAAAAAAAAUUUAUUUGUUUACUAUUUAUUCAUUUAACUAAAUAAUACAUCUUUCCAAUCUUUCUUUCUUUAUUUUUUUUCCCAUCCAAAGGAAACGUAUGAGUUAAUUAAAUAUUUUUUGAGAUCUAUUACUAGAUUAGAAAAAAAAAAAAAAAAGAACAUGGCGGAACUUUUUAAAAAGUUAAAAAAUAUAUUUUAAUCAUGAAUCUUUAUUCUUAACAUAGUUUUGAUAAAAAAAAAUAUCAAUUUAAACCUUAACCGGAUUAUUAAUUUUGUUUUGAUCAUUGUCAUUUGUUAUUGAUGUAAACUCGUUUAUUAGAAUUAUAACACAAAGCAGAAUAGAAAAUUAGAAAUAAAAAUAAGUAUCACAAACAGUAGUUAUAAAUUAUAUAUGGCAGUUAAUUUUAAUCCGGUCUUUAUAUAUGGCGUUUCCAUGCUAUAUAUUAUUAUUAUUAUUAUUCUGUGUUGUAACGACUACAUACGCUAGAUUAAGAUCAAUUUUUAUACAAGAAUUAUAUUAAAAAUAAAUAACGAAUAUAGAGGUCAAAAAUGUAUUUUAACCAAAAAGUUAAGCAAGGUGUAAUACAAAAAGAACAUUUAUUAGUUGGAGUUUUUCUAAAAAUUAAAUGCUGCUUUAAGUAAGUAAUUAAACUACCAACUAAUUAAAAAGGAUUAAGCGUCCCGC